UUCGUCGUCGCUUCACCACCGUUGUUGCCAAAACCUUGUCACCCCCUUUCUCUUGUAGCCUCAGUCAGAACGUCUUGACCUGCCAUAAUACCUGUUUCACUCGUUUCUCGUCUGAAAAUUCACGACAGUUAUACCCCGCGUAACUCUGACUGUUGGACGUUUGAGGGAACGUGAUGGCUUCUUGGGGCGACAUAAUUGCUUUGGUCUUGACCACUGUAUUCUUCUUGGGCACGAUAGGCGGUGUUUGGUUCCUCUCGACGCGGGUCAAUGAGGGAGUAAAAGCAACGAAAGAAACUUUGAAGCAAAAGGGCGUGAACUUAUCCGACAAGGGCGUCUCUAUCAAAACGCAAUCGCGAUUCACCCGCGAAGACUACAUCGAUGCGACCCAGCGCGCGUUCAUGAAGCUCCCCGCGUCCGGCGCGGCCUCCUUUGGCCACGCCGACGACAUCAACAAGCCCAGCCCGCCCCUCAAACGCACGCCCACGGGCACGCCCGUCUCUGGAAAACUGCCGGCGGCACCCAGCAGGACCAAUUCGACGUCGGGCGAGUACUUUCCGCAACCAGGACACGUCACUCGGUCCGACUCGGUCAGCAGCGUGGGGAGCGCAGAAAAGAAGAAAAAGUCCGGUCUCUUCAGCAUGACGCGCAAAAACAGCGGGAGCAAGUCAUAGAACGGCAUUCCCGCUGACACGCGCAUCGUCCACGUACUCCGUUCCCCCUGCUUUUACCCCUUCUGCUAUCCUUGUAUCAACCAGGCAUAAGGCCCGCGGGCGAGGCUGGGGCUGGGCCGGACCUUUUCUGAUUUUCGGUGCAUAUAUGCAUACGUGAUCCAGCGUCAUGCGUUGGCGGGUGGAUAUGGGGCUGGUUGACCAACGCUUGCGCUCGGAUGGUUAAAUGGCGCGGCCCAAACGGGCUGUAGCCCUCAUACGUGUCCGCACCCUUGCUUUUUCGCCUCUCAAAACUCUCGACUGUGCUCUCCUGGCUAAAUGUAACACGCGAUGUACGCCACGAUCUCAUAAAUGCUAUUUUAUUCCUUU